UCCACCGUAUACAAAUUCCAAUGGACAAUGAGUUCGAAAAAAAGGUUAUGGGAAACCAGGCCAAGCUCUUGUACCGUCGUCUCGUCGGCCAACAGCCUCACCCCCUCGCCGUCACACUGCUCCUCGCGGUAAUCACCAUGCUGCUGUCAACUGGCGGCGUGUAUGCCCUUCUGCACGGCGCGCAUGGCGCCAUGGCCGCCGUGUCCGUAGCGAGCGCAAUGGCGGCAGCGUACGUUUACGCCUGGUCGUUCCGGCCGGUGUACCUGGUGAACUUCGCCGCGUACAAGCCCGCGCCGGCGCACGAGGCCACCCGCGCCCAGUCCCUCCACCAUUACAGGCUAAAUGGUGCGUUCAACGCGGAGAGCAUGGAUUUCAAGAAGAGGAUUCUGGAGCGGUCCGGGCUCGGCGAUGCGACGCACUUCCCUGCGUCCCUCAUCGUGGUGCCGCCGGACAUGUGCCUCCGCACCGCCAACGAGGAGUCUCACGCCGUCGUCUUCGGCGUGGUCGACGACCUGCUGGCCAAGACCCGCGUACGGCCGGAGGACAUCGGCGUGGUCGUCGUCAACUGCAGCCUCUACAGCCCCACGCCCUCCUUCACCUCGCUCCUGGUGAACCGCUACUGCUUGCCCCACGACGUCGUCACCCACAACCUUAGUGGCAUGGGCUGCAGCGCCGGCGUCAUCGCCAUUGACCUCGCCCGACGCCUGCUUCAGGUGUACCAUGACACAUACGCAUUGGUUGUCAGCACGGAGAACCUCAGCCUAAACGGGUACCAGGGCAACAACCGGCCGAUGUUGGUGAGCAACGUGCUGUUCCGGAUGGGCGGCGCGGCAGUUCUCCUGUCGAACCGCCGCAGCGAGCGGCGACGCGCCAAGUACCAGCUGAUCCACACGGUGCGCACGCACCACGGCCCUAGCGACAGGAGCUACGCAUGCGUGACCCAGGAGGAAGACGGCAUGGGGAGCUUGGGCGUGUCACUCUCCAAGGAUCUCACGUCCGUUGCCGGCGACGCGCUCCGCUCCAACAUCACCACCCUUGCCCCCCUCGUCCUACCGCUGCGUGAGCAGCUCCGGUUCCUUUGCUCCGUCGUGCUUACACGGGUGUUCCGUGCUAAGGCGAGGUCGUCGUGCAUCCCCGACUUCACUCUGGCGUUGCAGCACUUGUGCAUCCACGCAGGGGGCCGAGGCGUGCUGGACGAGCUGCAGAGAAGCCUGAAGCUGAGUGAGUGGCACAUGGAACCCUCGAGGAUGACCCUCUACAGGUUCGGCAACACGUCGAGCAGCUCGCUUUGGUACGAGCUCGCCUACUGCGAGGCCAAGGGCAGGAUCAAGAGGGGAGACCGCGUGUGGCAGAUUGCCUUCGGCUCCGGGUUCAAAUGCAACAGCGCCGUGUGGAAGGCGGUCAGGACGGUCGACGGCGCCGUUGCCGUGGAGGAGGGCAGCCCCUGGGCACAAGACAUUCACCUUCUUCCGGUCCAUGUGCCCAAGGUGAUGCCCAUCGAUGACGAUGCAUCCUAUGAAUUGUAAAACAUGUGAAUCUUGCGC